CAAAAUCACUAUAAAAACUUCAUAAAACCCUAAUUCUCAUCUUCAACUCCUCUUCAUUUCCCUUGCGGCAUUCUGCCUGUGUUCUCUCACAAGCACACACGCACCAACAAAAAUGCCUUUCAAGAGGUACGUUGAGAUCGGGAGAGUUGCUCUUGUAAACUACGGCAAAGACUAUGGCAGGCUCGUCGUUAUCGUCGAUGUCAUCGACCAGAACAGAGCUCUUGUUGAUGCCCCUGAUAUGGUGAGAAGCCAAAUGAAUUUCAAGAGACUUUCAUUGACUGACAUCAAGAUUGAUAUAAACCGUGUUCCUAGAAAGAAGCAACUUAUCGAAGCAAUGGAUAAGGCUGAUGUCAAGAACAAGUGGGAGAAAAGCUCAUGGGGUAGAAAGUUGAUUGUUCAGAAGAAAAGGGCAUCUCUAAAUGACUUCGACAGGUUCAAGGUUAUGUUGGCCAAGAUCAAGAGAGGUGGAUUGAUCAGGCAAGAACUUGCUAAGCUGAAGAAAGAGAAUGCAUCUUAAGUGCAAGUUGCCUAUGGAGUUUGCCAGUUUUGUUAUCAAAAUUCUGGAAGUUCUUUUUGAUUGUUUCAUGUCUUUUAUUUUGUCAGCUCAGAUUAAAAACUUAUAAUUUGUAUCCCAGUAUCUUUAGCAAGUUUUAUCAAUUUUACAAGGAUUUAUCUUAGAGAGGACCUGAAGUGUGACUUAUGUGCUGGUUUGCUUGUUUGCUACUUAGUGCUGGUAGCCAUCAUCUGCGCAAUUAAGAUUGUUGGGUUAAUUUUUACGAAAGGAGAAUGUUACGGGAAGAACUCUAAUUGGUUUGACCCUGAAAGGAA